AUGGCAAAAUUGCAAGAGAGCAAGAUCAGCUUCAUUGGUGGGGGCAACAUGGCUGCCGCCAUCAUUGGCGGUUUGCUCGCAAAGGGUAUCGAGAAGCAGAACAUAUAUGUUUCUGAGCCAUGGGAUGUCAACCGCGAUAAGAUGACUGCGCUGGGCGUCCGUACGACCGUCAACAAUGUUGAGGCUGCUCAAGAUGCCGACGUUGUGAUCCUCGCUGUCAAGCCGCAAGUCGCCAAGGGAGUGUGUCAUGAGCUACGUGACUCGUGGAGCAAACGGUCGUCUCUCCCCAUUAUUGUGUCAAUUGCUGCUGGCAUUACGCUUGUCAGUUUCCUUGAGUGGUUCAAGCUGUCUGAUGGACGUGUUCCGCACGCUGUCCGUGUCAUGCCCAACACGCCUGCUUUGUACGGCGAGGGCGCCUCCGGCUUGUAUGCGAGCCCUGAUGUUACUGAGGAUGAGAAGACCCUAGUUACCUCAUUGCUUAGUAGCUUCAGCAAAGCUACCGAGUGGGUGGAUAAGGAAGAGCUGCUUGAUGUUGUGACCGGACUGUCAGGCUCCGGUCCUGCAUACUUCUUUGCCAUGGUAGAACACCUGGUUUCUAGCGCCGUCAGCCUAGGAUUAUCAGAGGAGCAGGCCACACGACUUGCCACUCAGACUUGCUUCGGUGCCGGUAAGAUGUUAGUGGAAUCAUCAGAUGGACCUGCUCAGCUUCGCAAGAAUGUGACCAGUCCCAAUGGUACGACACAGGCUGCAUUAGAAAGCUUCGAGGUUUCGGGCUUCAGGGAAAUCGUGGACAAGGCUGUAAAGGCAGCGACUAGUCGGGGUGAGGAACUUGGUAAAAUUCUUGGACAGUAG